UCCUCUCCCCCCCCCCUCUCUCUCUCUCUCUCUCUCUCUCUCUCUCCACUCUUCCGUUUCUCCAUCACGAGAACAAACAUUCGCCAAAUCACGACUUUCACUACCUGCCUGCAACUUGCUCAUAGUACGACGAGUAUCAUCACUGGCUACUGACAUGGAAAAUUGAACCGUUGGGUAGGCGAACAAUUGGGCUGUGAAGCAGGGUUCGACUCGUUUCGUUUUGCUUGCAGUUGACGAUCUGAUCGGCGACGGCAGCCGGUUCGGUCGUUCCAGUGACCUAUCUUGCGAGCCCUCUGGUGGGAUCUCGAUCGCGGGUGGGAAGACUUCCAGUGAUCAAUGGCGGCUCUUGUGCGUCCCACAGGGGCACCUAGGCCCAAUAAUAGUAACACUAGCGCCCCACCACCCCCUAAUUACAGUCCUAACAAUGCUCAGAGGGAUCCCGAUUCGUUAGCUGGAAAUAUGCAUUUGAAUCUUAAUAGGCAGCCUUCCAUGCCUAAUUCUGCCUCUAGACCAUCCCUUAUUGGCCAAGCACCGCCUUUUCAUUCGUCAGCCCCUCCUGCUGGGGCUCCCGUUGCACCUCCCCCUUUUUCGCGGCCUGGCCCUCCCCCCGCUGCUCUUGCAAGACCUGCGGCACCUCGAUCAGGAUCCCCACAACCAACAGUAUCCUCUGCCACCACCCCAGUAAGGUCAACUGGGCCGCCUGUUGGCCAGCCUUCAUCUUUUGUGUCCAGACCGCCUCCUGGGUCAUUUCCCCCUGUGGGUGGCGUAGCUCCAGCUUCUGGGCCACCACCUGGUCCUUUUCAUACGUCAGGUUUACCUAGCGGUCCAGUUUCAGUACCGCCACCAGCAUCAGGUCCUCGCCCAGGUCCUGGUUCUUUUCCUUUGGGUAGUGGUCAGAGCAUGCCUCCUACGACUGCACCAGGUAGAUUGAUGAGUAAUGGGCCACCGGUCUUUGGUUCUGGAGCUAUGUUGGGUGGGCCUCGUUUCCCUCCAAGUGGAAAUGCACCUCAACCACCUUUUGGACAUCCACCAACAGUGGCAACGGCAACAGGUCCUCCUCGAACGCCAACCAUGCACUCUAUGCUAGGCACUCCAGCAGUUAGUGCUCCACCAGGUCCUGUUCAGCAGGCACCACCAUUUUCAGCAGUACCACCAUUUUCAGCGGCACCACCAUUUUCAGCGGCACCACCAAGCAUGCAGGCACCUCCGGUUUCUCCCUAUGGCUCACAGACAUGGCCAAUGCAACAAGGGCAGGUGGCUCCACCUUCCCAAUUUCCUGGUUCUGUUCAGUCACCCAGAAUGUUUGGAAUGCCGCCCCCACCACUACCAAAUCAGUCCAUGGCUACUAUCUCACCUGCCGUUGGUCAAACUGGAUCUCCUUUGACUGGGUCAUCGAAGAUAGAUCCGAAUCAAAUUCCUCGGCCUGUACCAGGUUCGUCGGUGCUCAUCCAUGAAACUCGUCAGGGCAAUCAAGCAAAUCCACCUCCGCCUGCUACAAGUGAUUAUAUUGUCAGAGACAAUGGGAAUUGCAGUCCACGUUACAUGAGGUGUACCAUCAGUCAGAUACCAUGCACGGCUGAUCUUUUGACAACAUCAGGGAUGCCCUUAGCUUUGUUGGUUGAACCAUUUGCCCUUCCUCAUCCAGAUGAAGAACCAAUCCAAGUUGUGGAUUUUGGUGAAAGUGGUCCUGUUCGAUGCUCUCGUUGCAAAGGCUACAUAAAUCCUUUCAUGAAGUUCAUUGACCAGGGCAGGAAAUUCAUUUGUAACCUGUGUGGAUUUACUGAUGAGACUCCUCAUGACUACCACUGCAAUCUUGGUCCAGAUGGUAGACGUAGAGAUGCUGAUGAAAGGCCUGAGCUAUGUAGGGGAACAGUUGAAUUUGUUGCUUCAAAAGAAUACAUGGUGCGUGAUCCCAUGCCAGCUGUGUACUUCUUUCUCAUUGAUGUGUCCAUGAAUGCUAUUCAAACUGGUGCAACUGCUGCAGCUUGCAGUGCAAUCAGUCAAGUUAUUGCUGACCUUCCUGAAGGUCCUCGGACAAUGGUGGGAGUUGCAACAUUUGACGCAACAAUCCAUUUUUACAAUUUGAAACGUGCACUGCAGCAGCCUUUGAUGCUUAUUGUUCCUGAUGUGCAAGAUGUUUACACUCCUCUGGAGACUGAUGUGGUUGUUCAGCUCUCGGAGUGCCGUCAACAUUUGGAGCAAUUGUUGGAAAGUAUUCCCACCAUGUUUCAAAAUAGUAAAACUGCUGAAUCAGCCUUUGGUGCAGCAAUCAAGGCUGCUUUCUUGGCAAUGAAGAGUACCGGAGGGAAACUUUUGGUGUUUCAGUCAGUGCUGGCCUCAACUGGAAUUGGAGCCCUCUCUGCUAGAGAGGCUGAAGGAAGGGCUAAUAUAUCUUCAGCUGAGAAGGAGGCACAUAAAUUACUCCAACCAGCAGACAAAACUUUAAAGGCAAUGGCAAUUGAAUUGGCUGAAUUUCAGGUGUGUGUUGACUUAUUUAUCACUACCCAGUCAUAUAUAGACAUUGCUUCUAUCUCUGUCAUCCCAAGAACAACUGGAGGGCAGGUUUACUAUUAUUACCCCUUCUCAGCUGUCUCUGAUCCUGCAAAGCUCUACAAUGAUCUUAGAUGGAAUGUCACAAGACCUCAAGGUUUUGAGGGGGUGAUGCGUGUAAGAUGCAGCCAGGGUAUUCAAGUUCAAGAGUACCAUGGGAGUUUUUGCAAACGUAUCCCUACGGAUGUUGACGUACCUGGGAUUGACUCUGAUAAAACUAUUAUGGUGACCUUAAAACAUGAUGAUAAAUUACAGGAUGGCUCAGAAUGUGGUUUCCAGUGUGCCCUUUUAUACACAACUGUGUAUGGCCAACGGAGAAUUCGAGUUACAACUUUGUCUCUGCCAUGCACAAGUAUGCUAAGUAAUCUGUUUCGUGCUGCUGAUUUGGAUACUCAAUUUGCGUGUUUCAUGAAGCAAGCGGCAAACGAAAUUCCUUCGAGUGCUCUCUUGCGUGUACGGGAACAAGUUACAAAUCUGUGCAUCAGUAGUCUUCUGUCAUAUCGUAAAUUUUGUGCUACCGUAUCAUCUUCUGGACAGCUUAUUCUUCCGGAGGCACUGAAGCUCCUGCCUCUAUACACCCUCGCAUUAAUCAAAAGUACAGGGCUACGAAGUGAUGGAAAAAUAGAUGAGCGGUCCUUCUGGAUCAACCAUGUUUCUUCCCUUUCUGUUCCUUUGGCAGUUCCACUGGUGUACCCCAGAAUGGUGGCCAUUCAUGAUCUCGAAUCCAAAAAGGAGGGUGAUGAAUCUCCAUUUCCUCCGGUGAUUCCACUUUCCAGCGAACAUGUGAGUGACGCGGGAAUUUAUCUUCUCGAGAAUGGUGAUGACUGUUUAAUAUAUAUUGGGAAUUCGGUGGAUCCUGGAAUUUUGCAGCAACUGUUUGGAAUCUCCUCUGCUAAUGAACUUCCUACUCAGUUUGUGCUACAGCAGUAUGAUAAUCCGUUAUCGAAGAAGCUGAAUGAUGUGGUAAAUGAAAUACGGCGCCAGAGAUGUUCCUACCUUCGGUUAAAAUUGUGUAGGAAAGGAGAUCCGUCAGGAGCAUUGUUUUUGUCAUGCUUGGUCGAAGACCAGAGUCCGAAUGGCCCCUCCUAUGUUGAGUUUCUAGUACAUGUCCAUCGGCAAAUACAGAUGAAAAUGGUGUCAUAAGUAACUAGCUUUGCUUCUUCAGGUUGGAAUUGAACGACAAGUUUUUGCUACACUACUCGAGAAAAAUCUGAUGUCUUCACUUUUUUAAAUGUUUUGUUGUGCGGGUCCUAGUAAUGCACCAAUCAUCGAUUAUGAAAAUUCGUUUUGAUUGAUUUGUUUUGAAGAGUGGGGGCUCCUAUAAAUAUUAAUUGAAUAAGCCUUCAAAUUUA